AUGCCUUCGCUCCCUUGGCUCAGGACUGCAGACGGGGUUCACCGCCUGACAACGGCCACCCCUUGGGCUGGCAGAGGGCCACGAGUGCACCGCCCGUUUGCGGAUGAGGUGGUCUGGAUCCGGGUGGCCUGUGUUGGGUCUCGAACAGAACCGCUGUGGCGGGUGUUGAGGGCCGCAGAGCCUGAGCCUCUCCGCCUCUUGUUCGUGCUGCAGCUGCACACCUCGCGCAGCUUGCAUCCGCUUUCCACAGUUUCCGGUCUCUGCCAUUACACUAUUACCCGGCUGCAGCGUGGCUCCAGCUCGUCCGGCUACGAAGUUUGUCGAAACCAGCAGAAGCAUCCAAAUCUGAACGGGCUCAAGCAGCAUUUUAUUGACGAAUUCCGGUGA